AUGAAUCACAGAAUAUUAUUUGAUUAUUAUGAGGAUGACGAGAUUGACGAAGCGGUUAUUGCAUUGCAACAACGCCCACGAAUUUUUUAUGAACGAGUAAACUACUUGGAAUUGUAUGACAACCAUGACUUUAUAAGCAGAUUUCGAACUUCUAAAGAAACGUUUCGCACACUAUUGAGAUUGAUAGAAGCAGAUAUAUCUCCACCUUCUCAAAGGAACAGAGCUAUAUUAGCACCAUGUAAAUUAUACAUGAUGCUGAGAUACCUUGCAACAGGAUCAUUUUUAUUAACUGUCGCAGACUUUACUGGUGUCAGCGAAUCCUCGGCUUGUCGAUACAUUCAUCAAGUUUGUAGAGCCAUAGCAAGGCAUAGAUCAAAAUACAUUUAUUUUCCAAAAAAUGCUGUUGACAUGAGAAAAGUUGUUAGUGGAUUUUACAACUGUAGUAGGUUCCCUAGAGUUGAUACGGUGCACUAUGACUGCCCGUGUCGUAGAAUAAAGUCAACACAAUGA